AUGGGAAUGGCCGCGUCCGUCGCCAAGGCGGGAGUCUCAGGCGUGAACAAGACCGUUGGGAGCGACACCGAAAGCGAGGAUCGGGCGAACAACAGGGCUAUCGAGCUGGUGGUAUCGGCGAUACGCAAUGUAAUGCACGUGGCGCGAUCAGCUGAAGGCGUUCGUCGUGACGAAGGACUCAUAAGGAGUAUGGCGACCCGUUCCUUGACCGACAAGUCUACCCCCAUUCUCCAUGGCGAUUUUCAGACACCCGCUGAACACGGAGAAGUCAUAGACGUGUGGUCACUUAAACGUUAUCUGGAGCACGGAAAUCGUCAAGGAUUGGACUACAGCGACCAUGACAGUAUAAUUAGAGCCGUUUUGUCCGUCAGCAAUCCAGCGGAUGUAGCAAAGGCGCUAAUGUCGCUUCGUACGAUAGAGGGCAUGGAAGACGUGGCCGACAAGCUGCACAGACAGCUGGUAAUAGUCUAUAAGAAAAAACCGGGAGUGGUGCCGUACGCGUGGAUGGAGUCGGGAUUGGAUCCCGAAGAGCUUGUCAAGGCCCUCGGCUUGCACAGAAGAACACCAGACGCCGACGUGAGACGAACUAUGCGAUCAGCGUUCGAAGCAUACAUGAAGCUUUUUAGAAUAGAGCACAAGAAAGCAUUCAGUGGCAAAGACGUGUCAAACCUCAUGCCUACAAAAGGAGGAGCAGAAAAGCUCUUUCUUCGGGAGGAUGCUUCUACUCGAGAAGGUGCGAUGAUUUCUGAUCCUGUAAAGACCGUCGGAAUGUUUGAAAGACAUGCCGCCGAAGACAAAAUCCUCCUUCGUUGGAAGAGGCACAUGCACAAUUUGAAGCUCCUCGAAACUGCUCACCCACAUGGUGUUAUCAUCGCCAGAACCAAGGAUUUUGUGAAGUUUGCCAAAGGCAAAAAAACCAUGGACGCGUUGACGUGUGUAGGUUUGCUGGAUCGUUUUGUUGACCAGCAAGGGCUCAAGACAUUACAGUCCCCUGAUGACUUUCUAAGCGCAUUGCUACUCUACAGAAGGCCAGAAGAUGUGGUGCAAGUGCCGGUAUCGCUUUACAAGAUCGAGGGCCGCCAAGUCAUGGCUGCGGACUUGCACAGUCGACUUGUAAACCUCAUUCCGGAUUCAAAACGUGUUUCUCGUGCGUGGAUGGUGCUGGGGUUGCAUCCCAAGAAGUUGUUCGAGUACCUCAGUUUGGACAAGAUGGACUUCGAAAAGUUAUCGGACCUAUAUACUUUGUUAGUGUGGUUCAGAUACAUCGACCACUACAGACGAAGACACCCGCGUGCAUUCAGCGGUGAAGACGCGGCAAGACUUUUGAAUCCACGGGGAGGAACGGUGGCCGCUCAUUUCAGACGUCUGUUCAAAUCUCCUCAUUUCGAGCAGAUCGCCCGAGCGCUAGAUGCAGCUUACGGUCGAAUCAUGACGGAGACAGGUCGUAGAUGA